CGCAGACUGCCGUUCUGCGCUUACACAGUAUGGCCGGCGAUAUUAGCUAGCACUCGCCUACGGUAUUCUCUGUAAAAGGGAAGACGGUAAAUACAAACAAAAAAAUAAGGCAACUACAUCUGGACUGCUCAAGGACUGUAACUAAGCUAUUAAGUUAUAACCGCCAACGAAGGACUACAUAAUUUGUGAUUCCAUCCGACGGUUUAUUUUCUGUUGUUGGAGUCUGUUUGUCUCACGAUGGAAGAGAGCAGUGCACACUUCUUCGAGGGGACCGAGAAGCUCCUGGAGGUGUGGUUCUCCCGGCAGGACGAAGCCAAAGGAACCGGGGAUCUGCGCACAAUCCCUAGAUUUGAGUGGGACAAACUUCUGGAGAAUGUGCAUUGUUUGAUUAUAAGUGUGACAAAGACUGAUAAGCAGGAAGCUUAUAUACUCAGUGAGAGUAGCAUGUUUGUCUCCAAGAGACGUUUCAUUUUGAAGACAUGCGGAACCACCCUCUUACUGCAGGCACUGGUGCCACUGCUGGAGCUGGCUCGCGAGUACUGCGGCUUUGAUGCCAUCGAGAAUUUCUUCUAUUCUCGCAAAAAUUUUAUGAAGCCCACCCAUCAAGAGUUCCCUCACCGCAACUUCCAGGAGGAAGUCGAGUUCCUCAGCCAGAUUUUUCCAAAUGGAGCAGCCUACUGUAUGGGACGUCUGAACUCAGACUGCUGGUAUUUGUUUACGCUGGAGCUGCCGGAGUUCUGGGAGAAUAAGCAGGCGGACCAGACACUAGAAGUUCUGAUGAGUGACCUCGACCCAGCUGUGAUGGACCAGUUCUACAUGAAAGACGGUGUUUCUGCUAAUGAUGUCACUCGUAUGAGUGGAAUUCGUGACCUGAUUCCAGGUUCAGUGAUUGAUGCCACGAUGUUCAACCCUUGUGGAUACUCCAUGAAUGGAAUGAAAACAGAUGGAACUUACUGGACGAUUCACAUCACCCCUGAACCAGAGUUCUCCUAUGUCAGCUUUGAAACCAACCUCUCCCAGACGUCCUACGAUGAGCUGAUCUGCAGAGUCGUGGACGUCUUCAAACCAGGGAAAUUUGUGACUACGCUUUUCGUCAACCAGAGCUCCAAAUGUCGCAGCGUUUUCUCCUCCGCCCAGAAGCUGGAGAGUUACCGCCUGCUGGACCGCCAGUUGGCCCACUUCAACGACUACAACUUCGUCUUCACCAGUUACGCCAAGAGUCUCCAGCAGAAGCAGAGCUGAUCCUCUGACAUGAAGAAGCGUAAAAAGAAAUCCUGCUGCUGCUGCGAGGAGCGACUCCGCGGCGGCGGCCGGCGUAGUCUUGUAGCGCAGGGGCGUUUCUCCUGCGUGGAGUCUUCUGGCUGUAGAUCUUCCCUGAGUUUAACAUUUAUGCAUUCUUGUACCUAUGACGUAGAUAAUAAUACUGUGCAUGAAAGCUCUUCUCGUGUCUCCGUAGAUAUUCUAGCCCAUUCUUGCUGUGAUCUUGAAGUGCAUGUAGAGUUCUCGAGCGCGGCGGUGUGCGCCAGGCAUGUCACACCGUCUCGAUACAUGCAACGCUCCCUUCCCUUCCUGCAAGUGUGUCCUCGUAUCCCCCACAGACAGGGUUUCAGACCUCACUAGGCCAGGACCCUGACAUGCUCAGAUCUUGAUUGUUUGGGUGCUUCACUUCCCGUCGGUUUCAUUCAUGUGACUGAAUUAUCAAAGUGCUGAUGAGUGUGUGUGUGUAGCUAGCUUUCCUGAAAACAAACCUAGUUAAGCCUUAUAGACUGUAAUCUGUCUAUUAAGGGGUAGUUCACCCAAAAAUGAACAUUAAGUCACUCUUAAAUGUUUCCAAACCUUUAUGAGUUUUAUUUCUUCUGUUGAACACCUAAAGAUAUUUUGAAGAAUGUUGAAAACCUGUAGCUAUUUACUUCCAUAAACACUAUGGAAGUCGAUGGUUGCACCUGCAACCAUUGACUCCCAUAGUGUUUAUGGAAAUAAAUAGCUACAGGUUUUCAACAUUCUUCAAAACAUCUUUUUUUAAAUAUCUUACUUUGUGUUUAACCGAAGAAAUGUAUAGGUGUUUCAAGCAAAUGAGGAUUGAACGUUUUUAGCAGAACUGUCUAUUAAAGUGCACCAGAGAAGUGAAUGUCCUGAAAGUAACCUUCAUGUGACCUACAGUUUUUAAAAAUGCAGCUCUUGUUUAAGUAAAACGGUAGAUCAAUAGUUAAACUUACACUAAACAAGCUGGUUAAUUUCCAUUCCUGUGAAGAAAUGAAACUUGCUCCUUUCUCAUCUGAUAAUCUUCAUCAGCUUUAGUCAGAAUACUGAAGACAAUAUUUCAGAUGAAGCCUUAAAGAGACAGUUCACCUCUAAAUUCUGUCUCUUCAUUUGUUACAAACCUUGAGCAUCUUUAAUAUGUUGAACACAAAAGAAGAUAGUUUGUAGACAGCUGUAACCAUUGAUGUCCAUUGUAUAGGUUUUCAGCAUUCUUCAAAAUAUCUUCCUUUGUGUUUGACAGAAGUGUGUAGGGAUUUGAAGCAAAAGAUGACUGCAUUUUCGUUUUUUGCAGAACUGUCUCUUUAAGUGCACUAGAGAAGUGAAUGUCCUGAAAGUGACCUACAUGUGACCUACAGUUUUGGUAAAAUAAUAUUGGUUACUGAAAAAAUGCAGUUCUUGUUUAAGUAAAACGGUAGUUUGAUGGUGAACCUUACACUAAACAUGCCGGUUAAUUUCCAUUCCUAUGAAGAAAUGAAACUCGCUCCUUUCUCAUCUGAUAAUCUCCAUCAGGUUUAGUCAGAAUACUGAAGUCAAUAUGUCAGAUGACAGCCUUAAAGGCACAGUUCACCUCUAAAUUCUGUCAUUUACUCAUUUGUUACAAACCAUCUGUUGAACACGAAAGAAGAUAGUUUGAAGAAAGCUGGAAACCAUUGACGUCUAUAGUAUAGGUUUUCAGCAUUCUUCGAAAUAUCUACUUUUGUGUUUGACAGAAGACAAUGUUUAGGGGUUAGAAGCAGGUGAAAAAAUGAUGACUGAACUUUCGUUUUUUUGCAGAACUGUCUCUUUAAGUGCUCUAGAGAAGUAAAUGUCUUGAAAGUGACCUACAUGUGACCUACAGUUUUGGUGAAAUAAUAUUGGUUACUGAAAAAAAUGCAGCUCUUGUUUAAGUAAAAUGGUAAUUCGAUGGUUAACCUUACACUACUUCCAUUCCUGUGUGAAGAAAUGAAACUCGCUCCUUUCUCAUCUGAUAAUCUUCAUCAGGUUUAGUCAGAAUACUAAAGUCAAUAUUUCAGAUGAUGGCCUUAAAGAGACAGUUCACCUCUAAAUUCUGUCAUCUAAUCUUCAUUUCUUACAAACCUUGAGCAUCUUUCAUCUGUUGAACACAAAAGAAGAUAGUUUGUAGAAAGCUGUAACCAUUGAUGUCCAUUGUAUAGGUUUUCAGCAUUCUUCGAAAUAUCUUCCUUUAUGUUUGACAGAAGAAAGUGUACAGGGGUUUGAAGCAAAUGAUGACUGAACUUUUGUUUUUUGCAGAACUGUCUCUUUAAGUGCUCUAGAGAAGCGAAAGUCUUGAAAGUGACCUACAUGUGACCUACAGUUUUGCUGAAAUAAUAUUGGUUAGUAUAAAAAUGCAGUUCGUGUUUAAGUACAACGGUAGUUUGAUGGUGAACCUUACACAAAACAUGCCGGUUAAUUUCCAUUCCUAUGAAGAAAUGAAACUCGAAGUCAAUAUUUCAGAAGACAAUCCUAAAGAGACAGUUCACCUCUAAAUUCGGUCUCUUCAUUUGUUAUAAACCUCGAGUAACUUUAAUCUGUUGAACACAAAAGAAGAUAGUUUGAAGAAUGCUGAAAACUUUUAACUAUCGAAUUCCAUUGUUGGAAAACCUAUACUAUAGAAUUCAGUAGUAAAGGUUUUCAGCAUUCUUCAAAAUAUCUUUAUUUGUGUUCAACAGAAGACGCUCAAAGGCUUCUAAUACGCGAGUAAGCAGUGAGUUCAUCUUUGGGUGAAGGAUCCCUUUAGUGUAAUCAGCGAUACGCAACCAUCAUGGUGAAAUCCAGCAUCGUCUUCCUUCCCUCCAUUGCUAAAAUGGCCUUUAUUUUGAGUGUAUAAACAGAAGACAAAGGGAUCGGCUGGUUGAAAGUGUUCAUAAAAGAAGCAGAGCUGGAUUUUUCUGAAUAAUGAAGCCGCUUCAGAAGAAGCCAUUAGGUUAGUUUCAGUCAUUGUGAAGGACCCCGGGCCUGACACCUCUCAAUUGAAACGGUUGGACAGACACUUUGCUUUCGUGAGCCGAUCGCACAGCAAAGCAUUUUCCUUUUUCUAAACAAAGAGUUUCUCUCUCUCUCUCCGCAGAAGCACACAAUAGACACACUGAUCUGAGCAUGUCAGGGCUGACCCGGAUCAUUCCACACCCCGCCACUGCAUAACCUGCAGCUUUAUUACUUGAUUUCUCUCUCUCUUUUGUUGGAUUUCUCUCCAGAUCCUCUCUGUGCAUUGAAGGAGAUCAUCCAACAUUUUCCCCCAUUUGCUAUUGCAUGCAACUAGCACACAGCAGGAUGUUUACCGUGCGCUGUCUCUGCUUCGGCCCCUAGGUAACGUUCAUUUUCUGUCGUGUGACAAUCUGAUGGCCGUGCUGCUUUCAUUUUCUCCCUCCCUGUGUUGCUGGUUAGGCUGUGAGGGGGGAUGAUGUUUCUGUUUUGUCUCCUGUUUGGUUGCUGAAAUCUCUUCCUAAACGUGGUUUUCCCCCAGAGAAAGCCUUUAAUGAAUGUCUAGUACGGUUGACGGAUGUUUACUGUAGGCAGUUUUAACGAUUGGAUGUAAACCGCUGCUAGGAGAAAUCACAAGCAUGAUCAUAUCUAGAUCACAGCUGGCACUUUUUCAGUGAAUGGUUGGUAAUUUCAAGCCUUUUCAGAUCUUCUACACCGGCUCGUAUAGAGCUGAGGGGGAAACAUUGAUGUUGCGGACCAACUCUUCCCCUCCUUUUCUGACCCGCUCUGAGUUUAACUGUUUAAUUCUAUUUAUUUUUUUUCCCUCCUUCAGAUGAUUUGGAUUUUCUUGUUUUCUAUUUCGACUAGUUAUUCCCCAGCCUGUGUAGGUUGGUGAGGAAACCCUUUAGAAAGGGUUGUGGGAUUUCUCACAGGAAGUUGGGAAGGGGAAACUUUGCCGUUCCAAUUCUCUUGCUAUUUCCUUGGUCAAGAUGUGCUAAAUAUAUCUGUACUAAGAGCUUGAUGCUUUCAAUAAAGUUAUUAACUAUCA